AUGAAUUGUUCUUCUAUAAUAGAACUCCCUCCAACUAUGCGCUUUCGUUGGAGUCAUAAUGGAUCUGUUGCUAUUUGUUAUUCUGCUGUUUUUGUUUUGUCAUUAAUUGGAAAUGGUUUUAUGUUUCUAAUUUUAUUUAGAAAUCAGUGUAUUAAGAGAAGGCGUGUACAUUCACUUCUUUUGCAUAUGACAGUUGCCCAAUUACUUGUUACCUUGGUUUAUAUACCAAAAGAAAUUGUUCAUAAUUUAACUAUAGCCUGGCUAGGAGGGGAUUUACUCUGCAGAUUAUGCAAAUUCUUUGACGUUUUUGGAGUUGCUUUAUCAGCAGGCAUUUUAGUCUGUCUAAGCCUUGAUCGUUUUUAUUCCAUACUUUUUCCACUUUACGUAAUUAAUGCUAAAAGGAGUGUUCAAAGGAUGGUUAUUGCUGCUUGGCUUGUUGCUGCUUUAUCCAGUUUACCCCAAGUUUAUAUAUUUCGAACAGCCAGACAUCCAUGUUUUACUGAAUUUACACAAUGUGUAUCUGCUGAUAUAAUUGGAUUAUUAUCCCCAAAUGUUAUUUAUUGGUUUUCUGUUUUAAAUAUUGUUCAAGUUUAUUUUAUUCCCUUGUUUGUUAUUUUAUUUUGUUAUGGAUCUAUUCUUGUUUCAAUUUCAUUAAAAAGUAAAGACACAAAAGUAGCUUCAGAACCAGAACAACCCCCUAAAGAGCAAAGGAAUAUUACAAAAUUGGCUUUAUUACGUGGACAUGAAAUUCAUCAACAAUUGGCUGCUGGUAAAAAAUUUUUUUAUUCUGAAAAAAAAUUUUUAAAAGGUCGUUCUGCUCGUUGGCGACGUACCAGCAGUUUGGCGACCGUCCCAGCUUCUUUGUAUUUUAGCAAAACACAACCAAAAUAUUAUGGAACAACGGGAGGAGAAAAUAACAAUAAUAUUAAUUGGAGUAAGAGACCAAGUGUUGCAGCAACAAAUAUGAACAAUGGAUUAAGGCGAACGGGUGGAGGCGAUUCGUAUGAGAGGGCUAAAAGCAAAACUGUUAGAUUAUCAUUUUAA